AUUCGCAUGGUGAAUCACGCAAGAGACGAAGCACAGAAACUAAAGGACUUGAAUUCAAGCCUCCAGGAGAAAAUCAAGGAGGUGAAGGAUGAGAAAAGCGAGCUGCGUGAUGAGAAACAUAAGCUGAAGAUCGAGAAGGAGAGAAUGGAGCAGCAACUGAAAGAGAUUAAGACACAGCCUCAGCCUCAACCUUGUUUCUUACCAAAUCCGCCAUCACUCUCUCAAGCUCAAGCUCCUGGAAGCAAGCUUGUCCCUUUCACUACUUACCCCGGUUUUGCAAUGUGGCAAUUCAUGCCCCCUGCUGCUGUUGAUACUUCACAGGACCAUGUUCUUCGUCCUCCGGUUGCUUAAAGCUUCCUCUCUCUACUAUUGACUGUAUCAGGUUUCUUUUUACGCGCUUUUUAUUGAUGUCCUGAUGAUUCUCACAUUCUGUGAUUGGAGACUUAUAAUUCU